CCACAAGUGAAGAGUGUAUACCGGUAAUAUAGAUGACAUACUAGUAGACUAUAGAGUCGUUGCGCGGCUACCAUCGGGAGGUCCGCGCAGGUCCGCCAUUAUCCGAUUUGAACCUCUCUCCAUGAGCUCGAUCCAACAUAUCCAGAUCAGGUCUACAAUCGGAGAUAUGUCAAUAUCCCAAUCCUCACCCGGCGAUCAUACGCCAGACAACUGUACCAUUCCGACAUUGCUACUUACUUACAGAUGUAGUUGCAGAUGUCGCCAGCCACAUGAUUCAUCAUCCAUUCCUGCUCUCGUCAUCGCCAAGCAACCAAUCAUCGACUGGACAGCGAGGAGUAGUGAUAUCAAUGGCACAGUCUAUUCAAGUCAGAGGAGUACAAUCGCUUCUUUCCAGAUUCCCUUAGUACCAACGGUUUCAAAAACUCCCUUCACUAAGCGGGUUUUCCCGUUGAUGGAUUACUGUCGUCAGCGGCGAAGAAAAAAAGAAAGGGAAAAUAGCCAUGCCCAGAGGAACCAACUCCGCGGAUAUACGGCCGGGGUCCCACGAGGGCGAUAUCGGCCAAUCCUGCAUGCCAUUGACCACUGAAUCUUGACUCAUGCAGGAGGUCCACCGACUUUCUUUUGCUACAUUGAGGAACUCGUGUGCUACUCUCUCCCUCUCCGGUAUCCUAUAACGCAUGCCAACAGAUCGCAUAAGUCUUUUGUUCACACCGUGCUGUUAGUUAGCCCUGCUUGUUCGUCAUCCGUUUCUCCAUCCCGAUCCAGCUAAAAAAAAACCCCCCGAGUGCUCCACCCACCGGCAAUCCUUAAAAUCUAAUUCACUGCCCCUGGGGAACCGCUCCCUCUUAGCCUUAAGGUAGGUG